AUGUCCAAUCCCUCCUUCGACUCUUCACGUCGGUCUGCUGUUGGCCGUCAACCGGAGGAACUACACAUACCAUCCACAGGGCUGGUCAAUCCGAACUUGUCUCGCCAACUGCCCUCCAACGAAUACCCCACAACUCCGGACGCCCCCGUCCCAUCGAUCAACGUCCACUCGUCCUCCCAGCCUCCUCACUACGGGAGUGGGAGUGGAAGCAACAGCAACGUUCGUCUUCCAGGCGCCCUGACACCGGGUAACCAACAACGCCCGCCCGCCGUCUCCGUCAACACUGCUCCGUCGGUGCUCCCCACCUUACCGCAGGCCUCAUCGCAACAGAGUCACCGGUCUAGCAUGAUCAAUUCGCAUGGUCAUUCUCGAUCUAGCCCUGCAGGAUUCGAUCAAACAAUGUACAAACAACAUGGUUCUGCCGAGGGCUCGAGCUAUCCCUCCUCUCCAGGGGCCGGGUACCCGCCUCAGACCCCGCAGGGCUCGAAUCCGGUGCCAAGCAACAGUAACUACAUCGCUCCGUGGCCUAUAUAUGCGGUCGACUGGUGCAAAUGGCCGAUACCCGGAAGUUCAAGCUCUUUCGGGGGCAAAUUGGCGCUAGGAAGCUACCUGGAAGAUAGCCACAACUAUAUUCAAAUUAUUGAUACACAUUGGGCUCAGCCCGACCCAGACACGCAAGACGCUGCAGCGGGCGAGAUCAAGCUCGAGUAUGUGAAGACAGCUGAAGCGACCCAUUCUUACCCCGUGACACGUAUUCUAUGGGAGCCCCCUUCGUCUCAGAAACAGUCCACGGAUUUGCUCGCGACGUCGGGCGAUCAUCUCCGACUCUGGUCACUGCCCAACUCCCAACCUUUGCCAAGCUCAAAUUCUAUUACCCGCCCUUCUGGCCAGCGAGAUACACCAACCUCCAAGCUUUCGCCGCUGGCGCUGCUCUCGAACUCUAAAUCGCCUGAACACACGGCCCCCAUCACCUCUCUCGACUGGAACACUAUUUCCCCUAGUCUGAUCAUUACCUCCAGUAUCGAUACCACCUGCACGAUCUGGGAUAUUCCAACUUUGACAGCCAAAACACAAUUGAUUGCUCACGACAAGGAGGUCUUUGACGUUCGAUUUUGUGCCAACAGUGUUGACGUAUUCGUGAGCUGUGGCGCAGAUGGAAGUGUCCGCAUGUUUGAUCUUCGAAGCCUUGAGCAUAGUACAAUCAUUUACGAGCCAACAGACAAGGUGGAGCAGCGACCGGUCAUGAGCCCCGGUAACGCCAGUCCUUCCGGCCCAUCCUCCUCGGGCAUGUUCCCACCACCUUUGCUGAGGAUAGCAGCAUCUCCUCAUGAUGCUCACCUCCUGGCAACUUUCUCCCAGGACUCGAGUGUCGUCCGCGUUCUGGAUGUCCGCCAACCCGGACAAGCCUUGCUUGAACUGAAGGGCCACGGAGCUCCUCUUAACUGCGUUGAAUGGUCUCCAAGCAAGCGAGGGCACCUCGCUUCCGGUGCUGACGAUAGUCUUGUCCUUAUCUGGGACCUGAUCAACCAACACAACGCUGUGCCCCUCUCGCCUCAAGCUCACACUCCCGGUACGCCAGCCACAACCUCUGAACGUGGCCCUACAGCUGCUUGGCAAUGUGACUACGAAGUCUCCAAUAUCAGCUGGUCACCUCAGGGCGGUCCAAACCACUCCGGUCAACCGCGGGAAUGGCUCGGGGUCUGCGGCGGCAAAGGCAUCUGGGGCGUGGCCCUAUGA